AAUGGUGGAUAUGCGAGAUUACUUCGAAUCUACAGGUAGGUGCACAGGCUUCGAUACCCUGCGGCGAAUCUUCAACCCUAUCAGUCAAGAUCGAUAGCCUGUUGCUGGCGGUCAGUCGUGUGGAUAGCAUGAGGUGUAUAAAGCGUCUCAUUCUACCCAACUUGGUCUCUCCUCCAUCACCAACCUUCAGUUUAGUUACUAACCACAGUCACUCGUUCUUGUUUCUUUUCCUUUUGCAUCCGACCCGAAGUCACUCUUUUCACCACCAUGAAGUGGUCAAACUCGGUGGCCAACAAGGCUGCCUUGGCCCUCCUUGCGGCUGACAAAGCUGUCGGAGAUGUCUUGACCGUCAUCGAGCCUUGCCCCAGUGCUACCAGCCUUACGAUUCCACCCAUCACCGUCACCGCUCAAUAUCAGCCUGUGUCUACCUGUGAACCUACGACUGCUUGCGUCAAGGGAACAUGUGCGACACUCUAUCCCUUGACGACUUUCCCGUACGUUUCUACCGUGGUCCCUUUCGCCUGGAACGGUACCACUACGCAACUUACCACUGUCACCGAUAUUGCUCAACCUUUCAGAGCUUCUGAGUACCUAGAAACACUUACCCAGGUCACGGCUGCCCCCUCGAUCGACAAACGAAGCUGGGUUGAUUGGUUCGACAAGAAACGCCCAACUUCUAAGAGCACUACCGUCUAUGAGACUGUGACGAGACGCGCCAUGGCACCAUACAAGGACGUUGGCCCACUCGCCAUUCCUGGCUGGGAAGGGAGUGGUCUCUGUGCGAAGUGCGAGGACAAGACUGGCGGCGGUCGUUCUCAACUUCUGGACGUCGUCGAGUGCCGAUCAGGUGUCGACGCUGCAGGAAAAUCGUACGAAGAGUGUGUCGAAUGGUACGAGACAUUGAUUGAGCGCCCUGCACCCACUUCGAAAGUCACUGCCGAAGCACUCUGCUCCAGCAAAGGCAAGAUCCCCCAUGCCGGCGUUUACACCUGGACAUUCCCUCAAAUUGCCCCUCCUGUUACGAUCACUGCACCUCCUACGACUGUCACCGUCACUGUCAACGGCCGACCAUCGAUGCAUGUUAUCCCAAAACAGGUGAAUGUUGUCUCUGGCCAGGCGUGGAAUGCUUAUGUCACGAAAUCGUUCUCCGGCCCCACUACAUUCAACUUCAACGUCUAUAUCACAAAGAUCAUCAUCAUCAACGUUCCACAUAUUACCCAACCCGCCUCCAAAACCCGCAAUGUUCCUGUUCCAACAGGCAAAGGCAACAAAGGAGGAAACUGGUGGCCAUUGCCAGAGCAAGAUCAAGAAGAAGACGCUGGUCAAGCCUGGGAGGACUGGAACUCCGCAACCUCAAGCUCAUCUACCGGCGGUCCCAUUGGCCAAAGCACCACCUCGUCAUGGAGAUGGUCUUCCUCAAUCACCACAACCUCAACCUCAUCCUCGGCAACCGGCGGACCCAUUGGUGCCAGCACGAGCUCGAGCUCAUCCUCCUCUUCAUCUUCAUCGGGUACUGUUGGACCUAUUGGCGCCUCGACAUCUCCUUCCAGCACGUCCUCUAUGAUGUCUUCUAGCAGUUCGUCGUCAACAUCGUCCAUGAUGGCCGCCAGCAGCUCGUCCAGCUCAUCUAGUACAUCCAGUACAUCCUCCAUGAUGGCCGCCAGCAGCUCAUCUAGCUCGUCCAGCACAUCCUCCAUGAUGUCCUCCAGCAGCUCGUCGUCGUCCACCUCUUCCAUGAUGGCCGCCAGCAGUUCAUCCUCUUCAUCCAGCAGCACAUCCGCCUUUGCUACCACUACCUCCAUCACCGCUACUGGAACCGGCUUCUACCUACAGAUCAGUGCUACCGCUGUCGCCAAGCAUCGAAGACAACUCGUCGUCCGGUAUCUGGGAUUCGACGAGAACGACAAUGGAAUCGUCGUUGACGACGAGGCGUCCGCUACCCUCGUCUUCCAGGGCACUAGCAGCGCUCUCCUCUCCGCAGAUGGCGAAUUCCUUGGUACUGAGGAGCGAGACACUUCCUUUGUGCGACUUUUGGCAAAUCUCCCCGCUGGUUUCCGCCGUUGGACGUUUGUCGACUCCAUGGCUCAGUUGCAGGGUACCUCAGGCUUUUGCUUGGGUGUUAACGGCGUCGUCAGUGCUUAUGUGGCUCCUGACACCUGCGAUAACCCCAUCGUUCUCAUCCGACAACCUCCAACAAGCUCUACGAGCACAUCAUCCACCUCUGCAACCAGCACCUCGUCCUCCACUUCAAGCAAUGGCGGUGCAACAACAACAACAACAACUGCCGCCGAGACUUCUACCACUACAACUUCAACCGCCGGUGGUGCGUCUUCUUCGUCCGCAAGCUCGUCGAGUUCAUCAGUCGGUCCUAUCGACAGCUCCACCUCGUCCUCUUUCCCUACUACUUCUGCGGCGUCGACCUCAUCCUUGACAACAAUCACGUCAACCACCAGCUCGGCUCCAGCCACCACAACCACAGGUGCUCCUCUGUGCAACAUCAAUGCAAAUAUCUGUCUGGAUUCGGACCUGAUCACGGCCAACAUUGUUGCCACUCAAGACUGCCCACUCCUUGGCGGCCUCACGUGUACUAUCAAUGAUUUGUUGAGUCUCGUACCUGAGCUGCUCGGCGGAAACCCUGACGUGGCUUCGGUCCUCAUUGCGAACAACCAGAUCCUCGGCUUGAGCAUCACUCCCGAAGAACUUCAGACUGCCAUCAAUGCCGGAGAGUUGAACACUGUGUGCACAGCAUUGGAAACCGUCAGCGUCGUCAUCGAUGAUCCCACUUGCCCAGCCAAUCCAACUUUCAGCACCUCAACUACUUUCGCCACCUCCACAAGCAGUUCUUCGGCAGGCAACGGUGCCAGCACUACCACCGCCAAUGCACCUACCACCACCAGCGCCGCCACGACCACUGCCGGCAAUGGAGCUACGACCACAACCGGUGGCGCCGCAAGCUCUACCACUUCUGCCGGUAGCUCUCCCACGUGUGGCGUACAGGUUGAGCUCUGCGCCGGCCAGACACUCCAAGACGUUGGAUUGAACGAAGUCGCCUGCGACAGUGGCAUUGCUGGUGUUGUUUGCUCCCUUGCGCAGACCCUAGAAGCUGCUACCAACGCCUGCGUCGGUAACUGUCAGAUCGUUGGACGGACUGGUGAAGUGGGUCUCAACCUUGAUCCUCUGACUGGCAUUGAGUCCAUCCAAUCCGUUCAAGCUGCCGUCGCUGACUAUCCCAACUGUCAACCUGGUGGGCCUACCGUUACCUUGAGCGAGCCGACCUGCCCGCUCUCAUUGUUCAAGCGUACCACUCGAAACCAUCGUUUCGCCCGGUUUUAGAAGGGAGGACGUGAUGCCUUGUUGUUGCUCCGCAGUUCACUAUCAUUUGACUUCUUUUGCUUAGGUUUACUUCAACCUUAGCUUUAAUUCUAGAUAUCCAAUGGAAUCUUGUUUCAUUUCA